CAGCGAUUUCUUUAAAAACAUUUACCAAACUUUUUCUGCUUUCCUUAAAUUAAAGCAGUUUUCUGUUUCCAAAGUGAACAAAAAGGAGAAAAGAUGCCUCUAGAGCGACGCGGAACAGUUUGAGAUUGAAGGCACACAUUUCCAAUCAGAAUGCGUGAUGCUUGCAGCAGCAGUGAAGCAAAUGGCAGUUGCCUUGGUCAGGAGGAGCAGCCGCCGGCAGCAUCGGCGGGUUCCGAGCGAGAGGCCGAAGCCAACGAAUCUCAUUGCACCAUUUGUGGGGCAGUGCAAACGGCGGCUCUCUUGGAUCUACGCUCCAACCAUGAGAUGCACCGGCGUCUGAGCCGGGACUGGAAGAUUCAUGCCGAUGUAAUCCGUUCCACCUUGCGGGCCAUUUGCGUGGACUGCGUCUGCAAGCUGAAUAUGCACUCGGAGGUAACGCGCUCCCUCAUGCAGCGCAUGCAACGGCUGCAGCGCUCUGGCGGUGGAACAACCACCGUGACGACCACCACACAGAUGCUAAGUCCACCCAUCGCGGAUGCCGAGGUGUCCACCACUCAGGAAAACACUGCCGUGAUGCCAAGUGCACGCAGCUCACGCUCCUCCUGCUCCGUGCUGGAGGUUUACCUCGCCCAGCCCACCGAAUCGGUAGGGGAUUCCGGAGGAGAGAAACAUAAUGCAGCCGCUGAAGGUUGGAAGUGGCGCACGCGGCUGGAGUGUCCGGAAUGCGGACGAACCUACUUUCGGCGAGAUUUCUAUGCCCAACACGUGCGACGUUGCUGCAAGCGAAGGCCACAGCCUCGGCCACCGCGUGCCAAGUGCCGGGUGCGCAAUGAGGCGGGGAUCGAUGAUGAUGAGGAAGACGACACUCCGCCCAGGGUGAGGCGUUCCUUGCGCAUCUUCUAUUGUCGCCAUUGUGACGCAGAGUUCGAAUCCCUGGUUAGUCAACGACAGCACGAGCGCGCUAAGCACCUCCAGCGCUUUCCCUGCGAUUUGUGCGAGGCGGAGUUCGACACCAAGUACGAGUGGGAGCUGCAUCAUACCAUUUGCCAGGCCAAGAGAGAGGCUCUGGGAAUCCUGCAGCUGGAGGAGGAGAGCGGUCAGGCUGCCCUGCCCUCCAGGACACGUUCUCAGUCCCGCGGCUGCUCUGUUUUCUGGGACAAGUACGAUCAGGAGGAGGAUGAGAAUGGCAAUGAUGAAGAGGAGGAUGGAGAUGAUGAAGAUAUGGAGAAUGCCAUGUACACACGCCGCAUGAAUUUCACCGGAGAUUGGAUUGUAAAUCACAGUAGAAGCAACAGCAACAGUGCCAUGAAUCUAUCGAUGAUGAUGUACGAUGAAUACGGAUUGGGGGAGACGCACAUGACCACCGACAAGGAGUACGACCUUUACCUGCUGGAUUUGCUGAUAACCCAGGUGCGACUAAACGCCUUCACCUGCUUCAUGCCCGCCUGCGGCUAUCAGACGGACAGCUUGGUGGCUCUGAUGAAGCACGACUACCUUGAGCACUGGAAGAUGAGCUGGUUUUACUGCCACAAGUGCGGGGAUGUCUUCACCAGCAAGGUCUUCCUGGACUAUCAUAUGCAUCGCCAGAACCGCGGCCUCUACAUCUGCCACAAAUGCCGCGAUGAAUUCGAAUUCCAGCACCAACUGGACCGCCACUUUCUGCUCCACAACAAGGGCAUUAAUUACCAUUGCAAUUUCUGUCGCCUGGAGUUCCUCAGCGAGGCGAAGCUGCUGGCCCAUUGCAAGCGCUGCGGUCACAGUCCCAACGAUGAGCCAAAAAUCCGCAUUGAUAGCUCUCUAACCAUCACCAAUAGUUCCGUGGUGGAGUCUCAUCUCAACGAACAGGAUCUACGGCUAACUAGGGCAUACAAGGAGCAAGAGUUGUAUAUACCCAGGGUCAAGGUGCCGUCUUUGCGACCGAAGCCAUUGCCAGAUCACAAACCCUUUCGCUUUGCCAUUGGUAUUUGUGAGUUUGAUGAACGAAAUCCUCCCAACUGCGUGGGUUGUCACUAAAGAUAGGAGCUUACUAAGAUUUAGUAAUUAGAUUUAGAUAGCUGUAUUUAGUGGAAAUUAGUAGAAACAAUGUGUAUUUUUAUAAAAUAAAUGAAAAGGUGGUAAAAUGGAUGUAAGAGUUUAUUGUAUUUAAUUUUGUUUAGGGUUAGUUAAAUCUUUUCUUGUACGCUCUUAAGAAUACAUUUUUUGGAGCGUAGAAAAUAUAUUUUAUUCAAGGAGAACCCCCAAAGAGACUAAGUCUUCCCAAAUAUAUAAAAAAUAAAAAAACAUUCAAAUUAUUUGAUUCUUCAGUCAGUUUUAUUUAGCGCUCUUCACGCAGCUCUUUUACAUGAUGAAAGUCGUGUGUGUUUGUGUCUCUAGUUUAUAAUUUAAAUUGCAUUACAAUUUGUAUUUACUUAGGCGCUAUGUAAUAUAGAGUUCGCAGGUGUAUAUAGGUGAGAGAACUAUAUGAUUCUAUGUACAGAGAGUUACUUGGUAUAACAACAUUAACAUUAUCUCGACCGCAAAGAGUCUAGGUUUAAAAUUAAAGAGCCUAUUGCAUUGCCCCCAGCGCAUGUUUUUUUUUUGCCUUAAUCAUUAAAUUUUUUGUAUUUAGUGUUUAGUUUUUAAGCCUAGUUUUGUGUGGUGGCUUAGAACUAAUCAAUUUGUAUGGAACUUAUGGCUAUUUAGGGUUUAACUAAAGGAUCUCUCCGAUUUUGUUAUUUUAUUUGAAUGCGUUUUUGUGUGCUGUUGCUCGUGGUACGUUUUCUUUUUUUGUUUUUCUUUUUUUGAGUCGCGGUGUCAGUCUUAUAAAUUCAACCCAGGACGAUUUAUAUAUAUAUAUAUAUAUAUACUCUUCUAUAACAAGGAUAUACGCUAGUUGAGGUAGUUCAAGUGUUCGAAGAAGAUCGAAAAUCAUAAACGUAAGGCGUUCGUUCGGUUCGUUCUAUUAUAAAUAAUCUAGUGCUAAUAAUUUUUAAAACAAAUCACUGGCAUUUUAACAAAGUUGUACAAGUUGUGUGUAGCUGAGCCUCUUCUGCUCUGUCCUAAUGCUCCUCCUAGUCCUCCUAAUCCUCCUUCGACUGUACUCGCCCCGUCUGAUCCCCGUUCAGUCUCAUGUAUAAGUGUGGGUCUAGCUUACGUUUGUCAGUUGGAUCGGCGGGGAGCUGAUGGUUUUCCCUACGAUGAUGGCCUACGAGUGCCUAUAGCCUAUAGCCUAUGACCUAUUCUAUGCCUAGUCCUAGCUAAUCCUAAUCUCUGCUAAUAUUUUUUUUAGGCACAAAGUGAUGAUGCUGAACAACAAUCUUAGCUUAAUUUUAGUUGUGGUUUUUGUGUGGGUUUGAUUUCGUGGUUGACGACGACUGGGACUUGAGGUCUCUCUCUCUUCUCUGUUCGUUUAAAGCUUCACCAACGCUGGCUCGGCUCUGGUUAUGUCGAGAGCCGAGGGUUAA